AUGCGACAGAUUUUUCAGCGAAUCCCCGGCAAUUGGCACAUUGUGCAACCAAUUUCAAUAAACCAGAAAAUUAUUAUCGAUUAUUACCCGAUCAAAAAUAGCAUAAUUACAUUCCGAGUAGGGGAUAAAAACGGAAUAACAGCACUUGCUGUAAUCGUGGACUACACAAAAGGAGUGCUUUAUGUAAAACGCGAUCGACUAGACGAUGAAAAGAUACAAUGCCUUAAUUUUGCAAAUAGUCCACAGUUUACUUUAUCAAUGUUGGGUACAGUUGAAAUUGCUGUGUACUCACAUCGGUUUAAGAUUGUCAUGAAACUAGCAAAACGGCUAUUUAAUCCUGAUAUGCAAGGAUGUGCGAUUUAUGGUCAUCACUUAUCUCCUUACGACAUUGAGCAAACUAUUAUUGAUUCAACAAAUAAAAAUAUAGUUGCUUUCGCUCAUUAUAUGGAAAUGGCAUGA